UAUGUGAAAUGGCUUGAUACAGUAAUGUAAUCCUAACAGAUUACAAUGUAUUGUGUGUAUGUCAAAUUUUAACUUUUUUGAAUCUCCCGCCGGUUCUUCCCCCCUACGUCCCGACGCUGUCAGGGAACAGAAGACGGAUGCCGGCAGCGGCCGGAGGACACAGCAGGAGGACAUCCCAGAACAAGGGAUUGCAGGAGAAGCACUAUAGAGUAAUCCCGAGUGUGGCUCGGGGUAUUCCCCAGAGUAGCUCGGGGUAAAGUUUCAGCACCACAAGCGGUAACCCCGAGCUACACUCGGGCUUACCAUGUGGCGUUGUUGUUCCAGGAUCUCUUCUUCA